CCGGCCCUCGCGAAACAUGACGUAUCAGUAUCGCAGCAUCACAGCCGUGUUUGUUUCGCGGAGGUUGUCUUCCGAACAAUUGGGGCCGGUGUCCACCGACGGCAAGCCCGAUGACUCGGGCUGGGCCGGGCUAGCCGCCCUCGCCAAGGGAAGAUGGGCCGCAUCCCUAGGGGUCCAGAGGAAAGACGACGUCUCGACAUCUGUGCGCUGUACAUUUUAUCGGACGAUCGCUGGAUUCAACGUUACCAGAAGAGAGGUGAACAGCACAGAUCAGGCUGCUAUUGUAGCCGUCCUCUUUUUGGGGGUUUCUCUAUGUGAGCUAUUGCGGGCCUCUGAUGAGAGUGUUCCACUGCACCCUGUUCCCGCCCCCAAAUUAGCACCAUCGCAAGCGUAUUGCCUAAUCACAUUGAACAUUCUUCACACUUACGUCGUAUUCCCUGAGGAUUGUAACAGGAAAGAUCUCAUCUUGUUCCACCUCAGAUGUUCUGUCUUUCCUUCGUGUAAUGGACGAGACGACCUGGUUAGGUAGUUACGAAGGUACCUAAAGGCGAAUACAAUAUUAUACCCAGCCGGAGUAGGGAAGUCCAAUACUGGUGGCCAGCAUCUCCUGUUCCAGAGAAUCUCAAAUGGCGUG